CCGAAACUGGUAAAAUAGAUUACAACACACAAAUUUCUCAAACGUCACCAAUAAUCGAAGGAAAGAAAACUGAUAACAGUAUAGUAGGUCAUGGUUCGUUUCCUUUACGUAGUUCACAUAAACAGAGUGACAAUGUUGAUAAUGUAGAGAUAGGAGAACCUGGCCCAUCAACUUUUAGACGACCAAUACAGCACAUUCCACUUUCUCCAAAAGCAUGUAUAAGAUGGCAUGUUGAACAAUUUGGAGAUUGGGUAUUAAAUGCUGUACAAGAAGUUAGCGGACCUAGAAAUAGUUAUAGGAGGCCUCUGGAAGCGUUACCAAUAGAAGCGAUAAUGUAUUGUCCAGCACCAAAAUUAUUACCAACAUUAAUAUAUUUAAAAAAAUUAGGAUCGGAUUUAAAUUGUAUUGAUUCAUAUACAGGAGGAACAUGUAUAAAUUUUUUAUCAAAUAAUAUAUCACUUUUAACAACAUCAUUUAAAUCCAAUGAAUAUUCACCUUAUAAUCCAAAAACUUUUAAUUAUAUUAAUACUCAAGGAAUUUAUUUUAAAAAAGUUUUAUUAUAUUUAUUAGAAGAAGGUUUAAAUAUAAAUUCUCAAACUUCUAAUGGUGAUACUUUAUUAUCUUCUUUAUUAUUUAAAUGGCAUCCAAAAUUACCUCCUUCUAUAAUAGAAUUUUUAAUUGAUCAAGGUGCUAAUCCUAAUUUAGAAAAUUUAAGAGGUGGUAAUCCUUUAGGUUAUACUUUAUUAGCUACAAGAUUUGAAAAUGGUGGUGGUCCAUUUAAAAAAGUUUUAAAAAUUUUAAAACUUUUAUUAAAAGGUGGUGGUAAUUGUAAUAAUGAAAUUACUAUACCUGGUAGAAAAUUAAGAAAUUUAGGUUGGGUUUGUGUUGAUAUUAGUGUUAAUUUAACUAAAUAUCAACAAAAAACUUUGGUCGAAACUUUAAUUGAAUGGGGUUGUGAAUUUGGUACUUGGGAUGAUGAUUUUAAUAAGAAAAGAAAAAAGAAAAAUAGAAUGGCGAGUGAAGAAAGUGGAAUUUUUGGAAAGUUAUAUGCUGAUGAAUUGAAAAAAAUUGAAAGUGCUGGUGUUGGAGGUCUAUCUGGAACGAAUACUGGAAGUGGUAUAUUGAAUGCUGAUUAUAGUGAAGAAAUUGAUGCAAUUUAUGAUGAAAUUGAUGAUGAUGGUAAUGAAUCACCCGUCUUACCAUCCGGCCAAGGUGGUGGAAGUUUAUUAACUAAAAGGUUAAAAGGUAAAAAUUUAAAAUUUAAUAAUACACCUAUAAGAAUACCUCCAUUAUUCUCUAGUCCACCUACUUCUCCAUUACCGCCAACCUCUUCACUUCCACCAAUACCUUCGCAAAAACCUACGGGACAACGUGGAACUUUCACUGCACGUGAUGUUCCUGUAUCAAUAUUAAGGCCAUUAUCAUUAUCAAAAAAUAAAAUUACUCCAAAAGGAUCAACUCGUACUCGUUCUGGUCCAAUGCAUAGAUUAUCAUUAUUUUUUAAUCCAUCACCUACAACACCAUCAUUUAAACCAAACAAUCCACCAAACAUUUUAGUUUACGCGGUUCAAUUAAAUCAAAUUGAAAUGAUAAAAAUUCUUUUAAAAAGAAUUUAUGAACUUAGUGAACCAAGAAGUAUAAUAGCUGCAUUAAAAGAAUGUGGUGUACAUUUUAAUAAAAAAUAUAGUGAUGAUGGAAAAGAUGAUGAUUUUGAUGAAGUUAUAAUACCAAAAGAAAAAUAUGGUUUCUUUGAACAUUUUUUUAAAUCUCAUGAUGGUAAAUAUGAGAUAAGAAAAUAUUUAAUGACUUGGUAUGGUAAACAAGGUGCCUUAAAAAGAAAAAAGACAUUGAUGAGAAUCGAAAAAAUGAAACAGAAAUGGUCAAAUAAAGCAAAAAAAGGUUAUUUUUCUACUAGAGGUAUUGAUGCUGAAUUUAUUAUGCUCGGAACUGAUGAUGAUGAAUUCAUUGAUGAUGAAAAAGAUGAUGAGUUCAUUGAUGAUGAAAAAGAUGAUGAGUUCAUUGAUGAUGAAAAAGAUGAUGAAGAAAGUGAAAAUGAUUUUAUUAAUGAUGAUGUAGAAAAUAGUGUAGAAAGUCUGGAUAAAUCAAGCGAUUUAGAAUUAUUUGAUGCUGAAGAAAAAGAAGAAAGUUUAAAUGUCAUUUAA